AUGCAGUGGGCGGGCCCUGCUGCCACCUGCCCAGUUUUCUCCUCGGCGAAGGGGGUGCGGACCAACCCAGACCACCGGUUCCAUGCCCGCACCCCAGUCCCGGAGCCCCAAACCCGGGACCGACCCCAGGCGCGAAGACUACGACCACCCCUCAGCCGGACGCGUCAGAGCGCCGCCGAGGAAGCCGGGAGCGACGCGGUACCGCCGGCGCCCCGGAAUCCCCGGUGGGGAAGCGGCGGCGAGACGCCGGGCGCCGAUUCCCGCAACUCACCCGAUGCGCGGCGACUCCCGCCUAGCGCUCCGCGUCCGAGGCGCUGGCGCCGGACCAGACCCGCGACGAGGUCGCCGUCUGGACACCUGCCGCACCCGGCCCAGGUGACCACGGACAGGUGUGGGCAGCGAGCACCGACCGCCGUAACCCGCAAUAAGCCCGCGGUCACUCCGCGCGCCGCUACCAGGAAGUGCGGACGCAGCCCUUCGAACGCGCACGCCCCGUCGCGACCCCGGCGGGAGACCGGCCCGAGAGCGCCGCCUGCGGGCGGGGCGGCGAGAGGCGUGCGAGGCCAGCCACCUCGACCCGCAGGAGAGAGGCUGGGGUCGGCGCUGGCACGGCGGACGCCCCAAGGGUGUGGGGUGGAAGAUGAGACCCCGUUUUGA